AUGAAAUGUUUUAGCAAACUUCAGGAGUCCUGCGCAAGAAGAGCCAUUAGGGCUACUGCCUUCAAAGGUUUCAGAUGUUUGAGCUUAAAAUCAAGGCCUAUGGCAUCCGUCCCUUUUAAUAUGGGGCAACCUACUCAUGAAACAAGACCUCACUACUUGCCAAAACCUGGAAACCUCACUCCAGGAAUUACUGCCCUUGAAUACUACAAUCGGAGGCUUAAGCUAGCCGAUAAGCUUUCAGAAAAAUCAAUUGUUGUCUUAACAAGCAACCAAGUUCAGUAUAGCUCUGGAAGCGUUUUUUAUGAUUUUCAACAAGAUAAUGAUUUUUAUUAUUUGACCGGUUGGUUGGAACCAAAUUCAGUAGCUAUCAUAGAGAAGGUACUGUCAAGCAGGACAGAUGAUAGCGUCGUUUUCCAUAUGUUAGCUCCGCAGAAAAACCCUCAGAUUGAGCUUUGGGAGGGAGACAGACUGGGGCCCCAGGGUGCUUAUGACUUCUUCAACGCUGACGUAGUUGAUGACAUCGAAAAUAUAAAAACUUACAUGCAAAAAUUAUUAAAAAAUGUUGAUGUUGUAUUCUGGGAUGAUAAAUCAUUAAACUCAGGAGGUAAUUCCCUGUCGAAGUUUCUGUCUUUUUUUAAUCUAAAAGCAUUAAAUAGCGGUCUGGUAACUAUCCUGGACUUGAUUCAAAAAUCUAGCAAGCCAAUACGCUCACCAAAAUCCAUGAUUGCUGAAUUGCGAUCAGUUAAGUCGCCGGCAGAGAUUAAUGUUAUGCAUGCAGCAGGAAAAAUUUCAAGUAGAGCUUUCAACAAAGCUAUUGCUAAGGUGGGUUCCCAAGAGCCUAUUCAUACAGAAAGGACGUUGGCUAAAUUUUUAGAUUACCAGUUUGUUCACGGUGGAUGUGAUAAGCAGGCAUAUAUACCAGUAGUGGCGAGUGGAAAGAAUGCCUUGACAAUUCACUACACGAGAAACGAUGAUCUUUUAUAUAAAGAUGAAUUAGUCUUCGUUGAUGCAGGUGGAAAAUUGGGUGGUUAUUGCUCCGACAUUUCAAGAACUUGGCCAAAUUCCCCCGAAGGGUUUAGUGGUCCACAGAAGGACAUUUACGAAGUUGUAUUGAAUGCGAAUAAAGCUUGCAUUGAUUUAUGCUGUGAAUCUUCCCAUAUGUCAGUCCAUGAUAUUCAUGAAUUUUCAGUUAAAUUUUUGACUAAAGAAUUAAACCAACUUAAGGGUUUUGAAGGAAUCUCAUCAUCCACAGUAUCUAGAAUUUUAUACCCCCAUUACAUUGGGCAUCAUCUUGGUCUAGAUUUACAUGAUGUUCCUUCUCUAUCUAAGAUCAAUAACAUUGUCUCAGGAAAUGUCCUAACCAUUGAACCGGGGUUGUAUAUACCAGAGAACGAUAAUUGGCCAAAGUGGUAUCGUGGUAUAGGUGUCAGAGUUGAAGACGAUAUUGUCGUGGGUAAAGAAAGUAAGGAUAUAUUAAACCUAUCAAGUGGCUGUGUUAAGGAAGUUGUCGAUAUUGAAUCAUUGAUAUCAAGUGGGAAAGUAACCACACCUGGAGCUUAUGACGAAACGGUAAUCUUAGAUAUAUAG